AGGAGGAGGAGGAGGAGGGCUGCUUGAGGAAGUACGAGAAUGAAGUUGUGGAGCUGAGAUUCCCCUCCUUCGGGAACCGAGCGACGAGGAGCGCCCCUUCCCGGGGCGACCUUUCCGGAGCUGCACGACCGCCCCCAACCCCUUUCGUCGAGCCCCGCAGCCCUCCAGCCUGGUCCAGCCGGAGCCAUGGGGCCCGAGCCGCAGUGAACACUAUGGAGCUGGAGGCCUGGUAUCGCUGGGGGCUCCUCCUUGCCCUCCUGGCCCCCGGAGCCGCGGGGACUCAAGUGUGCACCGGCACCGACAUGAAGCUACGGUUCCCAGCCAGCCCUGAGACCCACCUGGACAUGCUUCGCUACCUCUACCAGGGCUGUCAGGUGGUGCAGGGGAACCUGGAACUCACCUACCUGCCUGCCAAUGCCAGUCUCUCCUUCCUGCAGGACAUCCAGGAGGUGCAAGGUUACGUGCUCAUCGCUCACAAUCAGGUGCAGCAGGUCCCGCUGCAGAGGCUGCGCAUCGUGCGAGGCACCCAGCUCUUUGAGGACAGCUUCGCCCUGGCUGUACUGGACAAUAGUGACCCGCAGGACAAUUCCACCGCCAUCCCAGGGGCCACCCCGGGUGGGCUGCGAGAGCUGCAGCUUCGGAGCCUCACAGAGAUCCUGAAGGGAGGGGUCCUGAUCCAGCGGAACCCACAGCUCUGCUACCAGGACACCAUUCUGUGGCAGGACAUCUUCCACAAGAACAACCGGCUGGCCCUUACCCGCAUAGAUACCAACCGGGCUCGGACCUGCGCCCCCUGUUCUCCAGCUUGCCAAGCCUCCGGCUGCUGGGGAGAAGGUCCUGAAGAUUGUCAGAGCUUGACACGCACGAUUUGUGCUGGAGGCUGUGCCCGCUGCAAGGGCCAGCUGCCCACGGACUGCUGUCACGAGCAGUGUGCCGCCGGCUGCAUAGGCCCCAAACACUCCGACUGUCUGGCCUGCCUGCACUUCAACCACAGCGGCAUCUGCGAGUUGCACUGCCCGGCCCUGGUCACCUAUAACACCGACACAUUUGAGUCCAUGCCCAACCCUGAGGGCCGCUACACCUUCGGUGCCAGCUGUGUGACCACCUGUCCCUAUAACUACUUGUCUACGGAUGUGGGCUCCUGCACCUUGGUCUGCCCCCUGAACAACCAGGAGGUGACAACUGAGGAUGGAACCCAGCGGUGUGAGAAGUGCAGCAAGCCCUGUGCCCGAGUGUGCUAUGGUCUGGGUAUGGAGCACCUGCGGGAGGUGAGGGCAGUCACCAGCUCCAACAUCCAAGAGUUUGCCGGCUGCAAGAAGAUCUUUGGGAGCCUGGCCUUUUUGCCUGAGAGCUUUGAAGGGGACCCAACCUCUGGCACUGCCCCACUCUCACUUGAGCAGCUCAGAGUGUUUGGAACCCUGGAGGAGAUUACAGGUUACUUGUACAUUGCUGCGUGGCCAGACAGCCUGCCUGAUCUCAGUGUCUUCCAGAACCUCCGCGUCAUCCGGGGACGAGUCCUGCAUGACGGCGCCUACUCACUGACCUUGCAAGGCCUGGGCAUCCGCUGGCUGGGGCUGCGCUCGUUGCGGGAACUGGGCAGCGGCCUGGCCCUCAUCCACCGCAACCCCCGGCUUUGCUUUGUGCACACGGUGCCCUGGGAGCAGCUCUUCCGGAACCCACACCAAGCGCUGUUACACAGUGGCAAUCGACCAGAAAGCGAGUGCACGGGUGAAGGCCUGGCCUGCUACUCAUUGUGCGCCCAUGGUCACUGUUGGGGGCCAGGGCCCACCCAGUGUGUCACCUGCAGCCAGUUCCUUCGAGGCCAGGAGUGUGUGGAGGAAUGCCGAGUACUGCAGGGGCUCCCGAGGGAGUAUGUGAGUGACAGGCACUGUCUGCCCUGUCACUCUGAGUGUCAGCCCCAGAAUGGCUCUGUCACCUGCUUCGAAUCGGGGGCCGACCAAUGUGUGGCCUGUGCCCACUACAAGGAUGCUCCCUACUGCGUGGCUCGCUGCCCCAGCGGGGUGAAGCCCGAUCUCUCCUAUAUGCCCGUCUGGAAGUUCCCGGAUGAGGAGGGCACAUGCCAACCGUGCCCCAUCAACUGCACCCAUGCCUGCGUGGACCUGGAUGACAAGGGCUGCCCCGCCGAGCAGAGAGCCAGCCCCGUGACAUCCAUCAUCGCCACUGUGGUGGGCGUUCUGCUGGUCGUGCUCAUGGGGGUGGUCCUGGGGAUCUUCAUCAAGCGACGGCGGCAGAAGAUCCGCAAGUACACAAUGCGGAGGCUGCUGCAGGAGACCGAGCUGGUGGAGCCUCUCACACCAAGUGGAGCGAUGCCCAACCAGGCCCAGAUGCGCAUCCUGAAAGAGACGGAGCUGCGUAAGGUGAAGGUGCUUGGCUCAGGAGCCUUCGGCACAGUGUACAAGGGCAUCUGGAUCCCUGAUGGGGAGAAUGUGAAAAUUCCUGUGGCCAUCAAAGUGUUGAGGGAAAACACCUCCCCGAAAGCCAACAAAGAAAUCUUGGACGAAGCAUACGUGAUGGCCGGAGUGGGUUCCCCGUACGUGUCACGCCUCCUGGGCAUCUGCCUGACAUCCACAGUACAGCUGGUGACACAGCUGAUGCCCUAUGGCUGUCUCCUGGAUCAUGUCCGCGAGCACCGUGGGCGCCUGGGCUCCCAGGACUUGCUGAACUGGUGUGUGCAGAUUGCCAAGGGGAUGAGCUACUUGGAGGAGGUGCGGUUGGUGCACAGGGACCUGGCUGCGCGCAACGUGCUAGUCAAGAGCCCCAACCACGUCAAGAUCACAGACUUCGGGCUGGCUCGACUGCUGGAUAUUGACGAGACAGAGUACCAUGCGGAUGGGGGCAAGGUGCCCAUCAAGUGGAUGGCAUUGGAAUCCAUUCUCCGCCGGCGGUUCACCCACCAGAGUGAUGUGUGGAGCUACGGGGUGACUGUGUGGGAGCUGAUGACUUUUGGAGCCAAACCUUACGAUGGGAUUCCAGCCCGGGAGAUCCCUGACCUGUUGGAGAAGGGGGAACGGCUGCCCCAGCCCCCGAUCUGCACCAUUGAUGUCUACAUGAUCAUGGUCAAAUGUUGGAUGAUAGACUCCGAAUGUCGGCCCAGAUUCCGGGAGUUGGUGUCUGAAUUCUCCCGCAUGGCCAGGGAUCCACAGCGCUUUGUGGUCAUCCAGAAUGAGGACUUGGGCCCCGCCAGCCCGCUGGACAGCACAUUCUACCGCUCACUGCUGGAGGAUGACGACAUGGGGGAUCUGGUGGAUGCUGAGGAGUACCUGGUGCCCCAGCAGGGUUUCUUCUGCCCGGACCCUGCCCCGGGCACUGCAAACACAGCCCACCGCAGGCAUCGCAGCUCAUCCACCAGGAGCGGCGGUGGUGAGCCGACACUGGGGCUGGAGCCGAGUGAGGAGGAGCCGCCCAGGUCCCCAGCGGCCCCCUCGGAAGGGGCUAGCUCCGACGUGUUUGAUGGUGACUUGGGAAUGGCGGCAGCCAAGGGGCUGCAGAGCCUCCCCCCACAUGACCCCAACCCUCUGCAGCGGUACAGUGAGGACCCCACAGGACCCCUGCCCUCAGAGACAGACGGUUAUGUUCCCCCCCUGACCUGCAGCCCCCAGCCCGAAUAUGUGAACCAGCCUGAGGUCCGGCCACAGCCCCCUUCCCCACUGGAGGGCCCUCUGUCUCCUGCCCGGCCAGCUGGAGCCACCUUGGAAAGGCCCAAGACUCUCUCCCCUGGGAAGAAUGGGGUCAUCAAAGACGUUUUUGCCUUCGGGGGUGCUGUGGAGAACCCUGAGUACUUGGCCCCCCGGGCAGGGGCUCCCCCUCAGCCCCACUCUCCUCCUGCCUUCAGCCCAGCCUUUGACAAUCUCUACUACUGGGACCAGGACUCAGCAGAGCGGGGGUCUCCACCCAGCACCUUUGAAGGGACUCCCACGGCAGAGAACCCUGAGUACCUGGGCCUGGACGUGCCAGUGUGACCCACGAGGUCAAGUUCACUGAAGCCCUGCUGUGCCCUCACUCAGGGAGCGGGAGCGCCCUGAUUUCCGGCUCACAUGACCAGGAGGCAAGGAGAGGACCCUGUGACCACCUCCAGGGCCACCUGCCAUGGCAUGCACCUGUCCUACGGCAUUCUCUCCCUGCUGUGUUCCCAGGUGGCUGGGAGGGACCCAGCCAGGCUGGAAGAGAGGGGCUAGCCUUGGCUGACAUCAGAGCCCUGCACCACCAACCCAAGGCUCCGACAAAUGCCAUAGCCACAGCCUCCUCAUGCGAGGCAUUGGCUUGGUACUGAGGGACCGAAUGUAGCUGGGCCCAGGAGGGGAAGAGACCUGAGGGAGUGUCCCGGAACAACAGCCACCGGUUCAGGCUGAUCCCACGCUGUGGCGCCGUUUCCAGGAAGGAGGGAGUGGCCCAGCGUCCAGAUCCACCCUUGUACAAAGUGUUUUUUUGUUUUGUUUUUACUUGUUUUUUGUUUUUUUUUUUUAAGAUGAAAUAAGGA